AACAUAGCGCAGUAGGACGGCGAGCGCUUUUCCAAUGAGCUGAUCUCUGCUGCCGGAGUGAACAGUUGACUUCUCUAGAUGAAUGGACAGCAGGAAUAUCACACGGACAAAGGGGAGGUGGUCCACGGACCGCUGUGGCCGGGCCAUCGGACUUUCCUCAGCAUCGACUGUGAACAGCGAAAGAGAGAAGGGCACCAUGGACAGUUCACUCUUUCGGAUGGACCUUCUAAACCACCGGUGGACCCGUGUUGGCUGCUGGUGGUCGCGUGGUGUAGCAUCUUCCUUGCCAUGUGCGCUUCCUUACAAGGGCCUUUCUUCACCCCUGCGGCCAGUGACCGAGGACUCUCAAGUUUCCAGACAGCCGUGGUGUUUGGCUGCUUCAAGGCAGCUGUCGCCCUUGGCGCCUGUGUCUCCCGCGCACUCAUGACGAGGUGUUACUCCGGUACAAUCCUCAACGUCGGUCUACUCAUCUAUGGAGCAACAUGUGCAGGAUUCGGUGGCGUCUUCUGGAUGGACAACGACGAGGAUACUUUCUGGGGAACCACCGCAGCGGUCCAAGCUGUAGCUGGGUUUGGCUAUGCCUUCUACGUCAGUGCCACGUUAAGCACGCUUCUUAGUGGCUACCAGGCGUCUGUCACUGCGGUCAUCGUUUUCACGGAACUUACCGCUGGUCUUGGCGGAGCCAUUGGACCUAUCGCGGGAUUUCAUCUCAUACAGGUUUGGAAAUACUCGCUGCCAUACUUCGUAAUGGGAGGAUGCUUGCUGUCCGGAAUAGUCAUUCGGUACGCCGUAUCAUCCAACACAGGUAUUUUAAGAUUGACGGCGGAACGCUUGUCGUGCAGCGAGGCCAUGGAGUUUUUGGGACAUGUCCCUCUGUGGUUCGACAUCCUCAACGCGUCUUUCGCAAUCGGGACGCUGACGUUCCUGGAGUUGGUCCUGACGCCGCACCUUGCCGAUCACGGCUUCACUUUCCUGGAGACCAGCUACUCUUUCUCUUUGCUUCAUGGAGGAUACGGCCUCGGUGUUCUCGUGUUUGGUGCCAUCGUUGCUCUCGUGGGAGGACAGCCAUUUAUUGCUGCUGCUGCGCAAAUCCUGUCUGUCGUUGCCUUCCUGCUUAUCAAUCACCACAAGUGGCUCAACCUGGAUGCAACAAUGUGGUUGAUGCGUCUGGGAAUAGGAUUAGCUGGUGCUUCCGCCGCGGGGCAGUUCCUGCCAGCGUUAACGCACGCGGUGAAAAGUGGAGCAUGGAGAGGCUACCCCUGCAACCUUUGGGCCACCAGCACGGUAAUGUGCGCCGUGCUUUCAGUUGCAUACACCGGUGGAGCCAUCACAUCCUUGUUCUCGGGCGUCGUCAUCGACUCAUUAGGAACUUACACAGCAACCGGAGCCAUGCUCAUUGCUCAAGGAGUUUGGGGGAUCGUGCGUUCCGUCUACCUCGUGGCAGAGCUCUGCUCAAGAGGAUCCACUACUGGAUUUCCCAGCUAGACACUUCAGCUCACCUGGAUGCCACGGCAAAAUCCAAACGCCGCACGCACACUAGCAGUGUGUAUUGUCAUCAAGCAGGAGAAUUACCUAUAUGAAUGUAGCCCUCUUUGCAUAGACACUAUAACUCUACCCUACAGUCAUACAUGACAUGCAGUGGGAUAAUUUACCGUCUCCAAAACAGUUUUAAAAAGCUUCCAUCCAAACGUCGAUGUAGUCUUUCCGAAGAUACGUUUCCUUAUCGUAUAGUACGGUUAAACUUUCAGGCGGUGGACAUGAGAAAACAAUAGCCGGCGUCCUGCUCGUGUGCUACAAUUGACAUUGACGUGUCUGCUGAUUAAUGUGCAACUAUCGUGUUCAAAUAUGUGCAUAUACAUAUGCAAAUAUCGCACAGGAGGCACCCCAAAUUUAACCUUUCGCCCCGCAAAUAACCGGCCCAGCGUUGGCGAUACGUACCGAUCUAUCUCGAGAUUAACGACUUAUCAUACCGCUACCCAGAGCCGGGUAGGCUACCGCGUCUACCGCACCCAAUCAACAGAUAAGACGCUGUUAUUAGAGAGUUUUAGGGUACCGUAAGCUAUCCCCUUCGCGUACGAAGGGGAUAGCGUGGCGGUUCUGCGCAAUGCGCACAUCUCUGUUUAUGUAUUGCACGUGCGCGGAAUGACCAAAGCUACCCCUCGCGUUCGCAACGGCGAUAGCGUACGAUAUACUAAAACUCACUACUGGUUUCGGUAGGCACGGUAACUUAACCGGGUCGCCACGAUGUGUGACGCCGGCUGCGUGAAGUAUGUGUGUUUGUUAUAAUGCUCUUGUUCGUAAUAAUAUAUAUUUUAUUUCCACCUCUGGAGAAAUGGAGGAGCUCGAGCAAUAAAAACUGAAGACUUCUUCACUUGACAAGCGCUCGAGACCCUUGUACAGGAUUAAAGGAGUUGUUGUCAUACUUCUUGUUUAGAGUGAGAACAAACAAAAAAAAAAAAAAAACACUUCGACACUGAGUACAGCAAUUACCUGAUUUCACGACAUUUAAUGGUACAUAAUUGGCCGCAUAUCACACUUCGUUGCAGACUAAUGCGAUAUAUAAAGAAAAUCUGGGAUAAAGGAAAAUAGGUGACGACAGAAAAGCAGAAUAAAUAUGUGACUGUCUAGCGAGGAAGAAUUCUUUUACUUCACUCUUCGUAAUUAUUUUGAUGUUUAUGCUAUGAUGGUAAAAUGUGUUCAGUAGGAGUGGAGAGGUGUGUUUAUGUUGCAAUUGUUGUCCAAAAGUGGUGAAUUUUCCAUUUCUCUGUUUAGAUCAUGGAGCGUAUAGACAUGUGUGUGCAGGUUUAAGGACACAAAGGCACUUUGUUUUCCCGUCUAUUUAUAGCCCGCUUGUAACGUGUAGCAAGAAAAUACGAGUAAAGACUGUGUAUACGGUCAAAAGCUGAAUGUGUUUAAAAAGCGGCCCAUUAGGGGUCAUAUAGUGCGCUCCCGCUACAGAGCCCUCUAUAUAACGAACUGCUUUCUUUUUAAGGUUGUAAUCAGUGAUGGCCAAUAAUUAAACUACUAGUUAGACUACCUGAUUGUAGUUAAAAAGUAGUUAUCAACUACUUGCAGAAAUGUAGUGGCAACUACUAGUUAAACUACUAUUUCGAGUAGUUAACAACAGUAGUUAGGUUACUGCAGGCGCCAACUACUUGCGAUUUUGCCGCAAGCUUUACGGCACGAUUGUGCUUCCGACCUUUACUUUGAGCUACUUGUUUGAUGAGAACGGAGGUGCAGAGCAAUUGUGCCAUGCAUGUGUACUAAAUCUUCAAUUUUAAUGCAUGUCUAGUGAAGCCUCAUUUGCUGUGAAAUAAUUCUGCAACCCUGUUUAUGUAUUUGUGCGUGGCGCAUUGAUCUGUGACGAAGGAGCCUCAGUGUAAACCUCGUACAUGGUCGGCCGUAUGUUGUACGUACCUUUAUAGCGGAAGCUUUCACUCCAUAGAAAAUAUUUCCGCAGCAAGCUCUUUUGUCAGCACAUAAUACACAAGAGACAGGCAGUGGAUUUUACGACAGUAUGUGAAUUAAGCGACGCAGGCGCAAUAGUAUAUAUUUUAAAUAUCAAUAUCACUACUUGUGAUUCAUAUUUAGGUGCCCAAGAACACUACAAGUGAUUGGUGUUGAUGGACACAGUUAAGUUUGCGAGAACUGAUGUUCUGAGGCUGGAACAACAUAGAAAGGACAAAUACAUACAAAGCCUCACAGAAAGAUGGAAGUCACUGAAAAGGGUAGCAGGCUGUAGGACUUCCAGGACAGUGACUUCCAUCUUUCAACGUUAAGUAGUUGUAGAUGUAGUUAAAAUAUAUUGCAGUAGUUAAAGUAGUUUUAACUACUCACCUGAAAAGUAGUUGAACUACUAGUUAAACUAGUCCAUCGCGAAGUAGUUAGUAGUUAUAGUUAAACUACUGUGGAAGUAGUUAGUGGCCAUCACUACCAUACUACUAUCAUCACUACAAACCAUAUUAUGGUGUGACUGUGUUUAUGACGGGGACAAUAUAAUCUCAGUAAAACAGUAAGUUAAAAACACAUAGUCGCUAAUACGGUACCGUUCUAAUUAGGAUGGAUAGUGACAUCUGGAAGCCUAUUAUUUGUUCCCAAAAUAACUAAGUUUACACGUCCUCACUUCUUAAGUUGCUUCCCGGGAGAGGGAGGCCGCCAUCGUGCGUCACCGCGGUGUGUGAGCAGGCUGCACCACCGCCACCACACACGCCGCUGUGUGUUAUGUACGUAUCUACCCUCCAGCAAAUGCCAACUGCUCCUGGAAGUAUUUUUCCUAAUAUUUGUUGGUAUUGCUCCAUGGUCUCCAGUUUGAUGUUAAUUGUUACUCCAUUUCUUUCCUCUCCGAUUCACGUCCAUGCUUUGCGAGUUCGUGUGCGAGCGUGUGGUAUUUUCUCAUUUCUUUAUCGUUCCUUUUGUUCCUUUACUUUUUUUUUUAUUUGUGGCAAGCUGUGCUGCGAAGCCGCCACUCUGAUACGACGCUGCCUUCGUGGCAGCUUUUUGUCAGUGCCUCCUACCACAAAUGUGGGAAAUAAAUUAUUAUUAUUAUUAUUAUUA